GGUAAACCAAGAAGAUGGUGUGGAGGAGGGAACCAGCGAUGUGCAGAAUGGCCAUUUGGAUCCAAGCGCCGACUGCCUCUGUCUCGGCAGGACCGUUCAGAACCGAGACCAGAUGAGAGCCAACGUCAUCAAUGAAAUCAUGAGCACGGAGCGCCACUACAUCAAGCACCUCAAGGACAUCUGCGAGGGUUACUUAAAGCAGUGCCGGAAGAGGAGGGAUAUGUUCAGUGAUGAACAGCUAAAGAUCAUCUUCGGUAACAUCGAAGAUAUCUACAGAUUUCAGAUGGGUUUUGUCCGGGACUUGGAGAAACAGUACAACAAUGAAGACCCCCAUCUUAGUGAAAUUGGACCAUGUUUCCUUGAACACCAAGAUGGCUUCUGGAUCUAUUCGGAAUACUGUAACAAUCAUUUGGAUGCGUGCAUGGAGCUUUCCAAGCUGAUGAAAGACAGCAGGUACCAGCAUUUCUUCGAAGCGUGUCGUCUGUUGCAGCAGAUGAUUGACAUUGCCAUAGACGGUUUCCUUCUGACGCCGGUGCAGAAGAUCUGCAAGUACCCUCUGCAGCUGGCGGAGCUGCUGAAGUACACCGCGCAGGACCACAGCGACUACAGGUAUGUGGCUGCUGCUCUCGCCGUCAUGAGGAACGUGACCCUACAGAUCAACGAGCGGAAGCGGAGAUUGGAGAACAUUGACAAGAUAGCUCAGUGGCAGGCCUCCGUUCUGGACUGGGAGGGAGACGAUAUCUUGGACCGCAGCUCAGAGCUGAUCUACACGGGAGAGAUGUCCUGGAUUUACCAGCCUUAUGGACGGAACCAGCAGCGUGUUUUCUUUCUCUUUGAUCACCAGAUGGUUCUCUGCAAGAAGGAUCUGAUACGAAGAGAUAUUCUGUAUUACAAAGGUCGCAUAGACAUGGAUAAAUAUGAAGUGGUGGAUAUAGAAGAUGGGAGAGAUGAUGACUUCAAUGUCAGCAUGAAGAAUGCCUUCAAACUUCAUAACAAGGAGACUGAGGAAAUGCACUUAUUCUUUGCCAAGAAACUGGAGGAGAAGUUACGAUGGCUUAGAGCUUUCAGAGAAGAAAGGAAGAUGGUAAAAGAAGAUGAAAAGAUAGGCUUUGAAAUUUCUGAAAAUCAAAAGCGGCAAGCGGCAAUGACAGUAAAGAAAGUCAGUAAGCAAAAAGGUGUGAGCUACUCCAAGUCGGUUCCUCCAGCCUACCCACCACCCCAGGAUCCAUUAAAUCAGGGACAAUACAUGGUGACAGAUGGCAUAUCCCAGUCCCAGGUCUUCGAGUUCACCGAACCCAGACGCAGCCAGGCACCAUUCUGGCAAAACUUCAGCAGGUUAACACCAUUCAAAAAAUAAUACCUAGAGAGAUGGAGAAUUUUAACUUAAAAGAACUAAAAUUUAAAAAUAAAAAUAAAUAAAAUUAUA